GUACCUGCGGCGGCGGCGGGGGGCGGAGGGGGGGAGCGCGCUUCCGCCCGCCCUGCCUGUUUUCCCGGUAGCCAUGCUGAAGUGCGGAAUGACGGGCGGUCAAGUGAAAGUAUUUGGGAAAGCAAUACAGACUCUAUCACGAGUGAGUGAUGACCUGUGGCUAGACCCAUCUGAGAAAGGUCUUGCUCUGAGAGCUGUGAAUUCCUGUCAUUCAACAUAUGGCUAUAUCCUGUUCUCGUCUUUGUUUUUUCAACAUUAUCAGUGGUCACCCUCAGCCACAAUGAGCAAUAAUGACGUACCCAUGAAUUUAAAUUGCAAAUUGACAAUAAAGUCCAUUCUGCCAAUCUUUAGAUGUCUGAAUUACCUUGAAAGAAGUGUAGAGAAGUGCAAAAUAGUCAGCAGAUUGGAUAAAUGCAGAGUCGUCAUCCAGUUCUUCUGCAAGCAUGGUAUUAAAAGAACUCACAAUGUGUAUUUCCAAGACAGCCAGCCCUUGAAAAUUCUCUUUGAAAAGAGCCUGUGCACCAAUAUCCUGAUGAUUAAACCAAGAUUGCUGACUGAGGCCAUUGUUCUUCUAACAUCAAAUCAAGAGGAAGUCACCUUUUCUGUUACUCCAGGGAAUUUCUGCCUCAAGAGUUGGAAUGGGGAAUCCCUGGAUUUAAGCAGUUCUGUGUACAGUGAGAUGUCUUUUGACCCAGAAGAGUUUGACUUCUUUCAAGUUGGACUCGAUACUGAAAUAACAUUUUGCUUUAAAGAACUAAAGGGGAUCCUCAGCUUUUCAGAAGUGAUGCGCGUUCCCUUAUCCAUCUACUUUGACUUUCCUGGGAAACCCGUUGUUUUGAGUAUGGAAGACAUGCUCUUGGAGGCGAACUUUAUCUUGGCCACGUUAGCCGACCAGCCAAGCAGAGUGUCUUCACCACAGUCACUGUGUGUGUCCCAGGCACAAAGAAGGACAGACCCCACACACUCAAGUGCCCAGGUGGGUAAGAGCCGAGCCAGCCAGGCCCCAGAGAGCAUCUCUCGAGCAGCACCCAAAAGGCUCUUUCCCAAGGACUCUCCAGACAGCAGCUGUGCAAGAGAGACCAAGAGAGCCAGCACCAACCAGGACGACAUCUCUGAAGUACCUGAAAGUGUUGUCAGUGACAUGGAGGAAGGGCCAGGCCCUUCACACCUCAGGAAGUUUUCCUGCAUGUUUUUCGGAGCAGUUUCUUCUGAAGAGCAAGAACAUGCCGGCCACCCUUUGGACAGCUUGGCGAUAGCAAGUGACAGUGAAGAGGAUGUGAGUGGAUGAGUGUCCACAGCCUGGUGCUCAGCCAGAGCUGCACUGGAUGCUGGUCCUGGCUCCUGAAGGCCAAGGGGAAAUGGGGCAGCCAGUGUCCCAGCUCUUCUGUCAUCAGUGUGCACUACAAACCCAUUGCGCCACUUGGGGACAGAGCCAGCGUCACUGGAACGAACAUACCAGGGUUCUUAGAUCAUCGUUUUUGUUGUUUUUGUUUGUUUGUUUGUUUGUUUGUUUUUCGAGACAGGGUUUCUCUGUAUUGUUUGGUGGAGGCUGUCCUGGAACUCGCUCUGUAGACCAGGCUGGCUUUGAACUCACAGAGAUCCGCCUGCCUCUGCCUCCCGAGUGCUGGGAUUAAAGGCUUGCGCUGCCACCGCCCGGCAAUACCAUCGUUUACCCUGCAGCCUUGGCAUGUCUUUUGUGGGUCCCUAAAAGGCAGACUUUUCAGUUAUCAGGGUGGGAGGACAGCUUCCCAGGGGCCCUAGGAUGCUUCUGUACAUGACUGCAGACAAUAGUCAUGCAGUCCCUUCCUAUGCAAUGACCUGGCACGUUUUGUUCACUGGUGGGUUUUUUUUCCAACUAGAAAAAAGGUUCUGAAUAAAGAAAUGUACAUUCAA